UAACACGUGGCCGUACAGGAACCUAAUCGUUAUUGACGCAUAUGUACUGACAGUUCACUGUAAACUCGUCAGAUUUCCGUGCGGCGAUGGAACGCCCUGCUAGCUAAAAGCUAGCCAGCUGCGCUGAAAUGGGCGUUCACUGUUUAGCCUGUGCUCACCUGGGGGGGCUAUGCCAGUGACUGAAUCGCGUCUGUCCGGGUUGAGAGUCAUGGUUGAUGUCUGUGUAAGAUGUCAGAUAACUUCCUUGUAUUGACUUGUGCCGCUGAUUAUAGCUGGUGCGCAGUAGUAAGGCAUGGGGAUGGGGAUGUCUGAGGCUUGCUGCCAGCUAGCUCGCUAAACGGGUCCUCACUGAGGUUGGGAGGUAACAGGAAAAAAGGCAGCCAGCUCGUCAAGGAACGAGGGGCAAAAUCUUUCUUUCUCUCGUGGUCUGUCGUGGCUUUAAACAUACAUUUUAAUGUUAUCUUACCCAUGUUCGCGUGGCUGUAUUUUCAUUGUGGGUUACAGCUAGCUAAAGCUAGGUGCUACUAGUACCGAUGGCUCAACAUGUUCAUUGGCGCAAAGAAAAAAAGGAAUAUGUCAAUGGAUGAGCGCGCUUGAAGAUGUCUGAGAAGAACGCUCAAUCAUGUAUGUGUCUUCUAGAUGAGUGACCUUGAACUCUACACAUGCUGAAACCAAGGAAAGGAAGAAAUACAACUCUGCACUAACAGAGCGUGAACAAAAGCACUCCCUGAUUUCAUCUUGCAUGACAUAAGCCUGUUUGUCUGGAAAUAAGUUAGGCUUUGAGCCAACGUCAGAGAUGCUUGUACGAAGGCAUCCCCACAGGCUGCAGCCUAGCUUCGCCAACUAAAAGAACCGGACAACUGCAUCUCUUGUUCCAGAGGAUGUGCUGCUGAGUGGAUGCAAAAUUUCAGUCUGCGUCCACCUCACCAAAGCAUCAACAUCGAUUGCGUGCUAGUGUGUACAGAGAACGAUGGUGACCAAAAAUGGUGCUUGAAUGUGGCGUCCUGGUGCAGGGAAUGUUAAAAGGGGCGAGGCUCUCUGGGAAAAGUAUAACAGCUGACUGAUAGUCUGCUGCCAAUAAUGGAUGCCAAGUUAAAAGAGGACCUAUUUCGGAGGUAUGUGACAGCACUGGAGAAGCGUCUGGAGGAGGGAGGGGAAUACACAGGGACUGGAUCUUCACCGGAGGGGGACAGAAGCAGACACAAAGACAGUGAGGCCCUUCUCUCCACAGCCACAGCUCUGCUAGGAGCCUACCAGCCAGAUCCGGGACAGCGAUUCCGCAUGGUGCGUUUCUAUGAGGUGGUGGAGAACUCGCUUCGCUGCCAGAGAGGGGGCAACAUCAAGAGCCUGGAGAGAGCGUUCCACACUCUGGAAACCAUCUGCACCAACCUCUUGCUGUUCCCCUGGAAGAAGGAGUUCAGAUGUAUCAAGACCUUCACUGGCCCGUACGUGUACCAUCUGCAGUCUGCCAUCUCUGAUGCUGAACUCCGAACUCUAAUGCGCACCAUUGGCUACGCCUGUGACCAUGAUUCGCAGUUCCAUUUACAGGAGCACUCAGGAGGCACAAAUCAUCUCCGCCAGUUGGCGUUUGAGCUCUUCCUGGCGCAGGCAGAGUGUCGUCUUCUGGGAGAAGUAGUGGCCUUGGCCCGUGGUUCGGCCUCCGAGCUGGAGGCCCUGGAGCUCCGCAGAGGUUGCAGAGAUGAUGCAGCCGGCUGUGCUGAGGCGCUCCGCAGACGCGACAGCCUUGGGGCAGACAUGGCGCGUCUGUCUGUGCGGCCGAUGGAUAUAGAGAGGCCUCAUGGCCACCAUCUGAGGCGAGGUAGCCGGCCGUCUAAGUCUGUGGAUGUUACAGAUGGGGCUGGUCACUGGCACCCGGCGGUUAGCAAGCCUGUUUUGAAGGCCUCGCUGAGUCUAAGGAAGGAGCCGCUGUUUGUGGAUACAGAGGAGGAUAUGAAGGAUGAGAUCAUCAGGCCGAGCACCUCAGCAUCUCUUUUCUCUGUGGCAGCUCCACCUUCCUAUAGCCCCAUUGCAGAUUUCUUCCCAAUUCAGUCACCUCCACCUGCUGAUCCCUACUCAUCCUACCAUCUGUCCUCUUUGGAUGAGAUUGACUUGUACACGGAGAGAGGUGGUGCGGGGACGGGAGGAAGGCAAACUCCUUCCCGACCUCCGUCCAGGGAGCCUCGGGAUGCGAGGGAUGGGUGGCUGCUCAAAGCGCACGGUAGUGUGAAGUGUCAGGGCUGUGGGCUGAGCUGCUCCACAAUGGCCUCCUGCCAGAGGUGUGACAUGAUCCUCUGUUCUGCCUGUCAUGAUGUGGACCCCUCCCCUUGCUGUGGCCUCCAGGACUAUCAUCCCAAAUCCCCACGGCCACUUGAUGGAUACAUCCCUGUCAAGGAAAAGCUCUCCGUCUACUCUAACACUCAUUCGCACUCCCAUCUCCAUCCCCACCCUCUCACGCUCACCCACUCACACUCCCAUCCGCACCCUCACCCCCAGAUGGUGGAGAAACCCCUCAUGUCCACGAAGCUGUUUCCAAGCAAGUCCGUUGCCUUGACAACACCAAAGGGAGGCAGCAGUGACCGAAUAAGCAUGGGGGGAUCGCGAUGCGGGUUUUGCAACAAGCCAGGUGCAUCACACACCUGUGUGAACUGCUCUAAGGUGUCAUGUGACUCGUGCAUGGGCUUGUAUGCAAAGGAUGUGUGCACGCGAAAGAAUCCUCAGCACAGCUUUGUGCCCAAUCAUCAGCUCAACUUCAAAUCUGGCACCAUAUCUCACCUGGUGUACCGAUGAAUCAGCCAGACAGAUUUUAUUUUCCCCCCUCCCGUCUAGUCCCCUCCAUCAACCCGCAAUGUAGUCCUGUACUAUUGCUUUAGCUUUCUUCCUGCUUAAACAAUUCAUUCGCCAUCUUCCCCUUUAUCUGAUGGUCUUUUCUCUAACCCUCUCUUGAACUUUGUACAUUUUCUCUUCCCGUCAGUAGGGCCAUGGAAUGCACACGCAACAGAGAGCCAUAUCGUCUGCCCAUCUCUCUGCCUUGUAAAAGUUCAGGCCUUUUAUCUAUUUCUUCUUCCUUUUACCUUGCUACCUGCUCUUGAGUAGUCAUGUGAUGUUGUAGCGCUUCCCAAAUUCCUCAAAUUGUGUCCUCUCCAAAAGGGAAACAGGAGAAAAGCGAUUUUUAAGUCCUUCUCAUUUUGAAUGAAUUCCGUCCAAAUGAACAUGUAUACUUUGCCUAACUUCUCAGCUAAAAAUUCCUCUAAUAUAUAAAUAUAAAUAUAUAUAUAUAUAUAUAUACAUACAGUAUAUAUGUGUGAGGGAGUGUAUGUGUGCGUGUAUGUGAGAGUGUGUAUAGAAAAGACCUCUGAGCUUGCAUUGUGAUAACGGGGGUCUUUUUAAACUUGAAAAAAUGUAGAGGAAAAAGAGAAAACUUACACUGGAAGUCAAUAAGUCAAUAGUAUAUAUUUUUAAUCUCUAUUCUCUAGAACAAUGUGAGACUGUUAAGUGGGCUUGAGGUCUGGCAUUGGGAUUUUCGGGUAUAAACUCACGUGGGUGCGGGGCGGGAGAUAUCUCAAAGGGACAUAUUGAGACAACAGUCAGAUGCCAUAUAUUCUAUUUAAAAAGAAAAAAAUAAUGCCUUGUAAAUUAACCCUCAACUGUUUCUGGUUAUAUGACUGAGGUUUUAAAUGCUGCUGUGGACGUGUGGCGUUGAUUUCUUUCUGGUAGUCGUGUCGGUUCCAAGCCUCCCCCUCGACCCCUCCUCCCCCCCUUCCCCUUUCAUCACACUCCUUAAGCCUUCAUUGGUCAUGAUGUUGUCGUGCCCCCUCACCAGAUCAGUGGUUCCCUGUCAGUCUCAGGUGGGGUCACAGGAAGUGUGUUGAUUGAUUUUAGGCAGUAUGAAGGUAUAUACUCUAACAUGGUUUCUGUCUACCUCAAAUGGCUCCAGCGCGUACACCCAGUUUGUCACUGUGGUUUCAAACUAGCCCUAAAAGCCGUAUUUAUUUCCUUAAUCUUUGUUAGUUUGUGUCUUAGCUGAGCAGAAAACAGCCCCUCUUACAAUCUGCUGUCACUUUUAAAGGUUAGUAGUAGUUUUAUCAUUAUUAUUAUUAUAAUUAUUUUUGUCAUUUGAACUCCAAUUUCGCAAGGUGUUCUGCUUUGUUGUCUUUUUCUGGACGUACAGGUGAUGAACUUAAAAACUGGAAUACCUGUAAUUUCAGAUGGAGUCAUGUAUAAUAGCCCCGCUUUAAAAUACUUGAGAAACUAAAAUGGUUAAAUUUAAGAUAGUUUUAUGGUGAUUUUGAGCCUGGAUUUUGUGAUAAUGUGCUGGAUCAUAUUGUUCUGUGGGCUGUCUCUCUCUCUACAGAAACCACUUACAAUAUGUUGCAGUUAAGUACAACCGACCGUGUCCGACUCCACACCUCUCUUACACCCUAUCACAUGGCUAAUACACUAUAUUUUACAGGGAUUCCUUCCCUCCUCAGCUAGUUAAUGACACAUUUUAUGACACUAAAAACACACCUUUGUGUGGUGUGAGGUAGUGGGAGUCGUGUCGGACCAUAAAUCCUCCUUAAAGUCUUUGAUUUGAGUUCAUAGUUAACAUGUCCUUCCUCGACUGCUGUGAAAAUGUCAUCAAACUCUAAUUCAAAAGGCCAUUCACCGUGGUUAAAUCUGCUAAUUAUUUAGGGUUUAGACUUCCAUUCUGCACGUAUGAGGAGCAUUAAGCUAUGUUUCUGUCGGUGGUCACCAAGGGCUAAUUUUAAAUCACUUCUCAUUCAAAACAAAUGUCUGGGUUAUUUUGACAGACUGCUUAGGCUACUGUAGCCUUUUCUGUCAGGAAUAAUGCCUUAAGCUCAUUCAGCUGUCUUAUCCUAGACUAUUUAAGCUUGUGAUGUUGCCAUUUGCCCUGUUUUGUGUUUUAUCAGCCUGUCGGUUCGACAUUAACACGCGCUUACCAGGCGGCGAUAAGUAAGUUCAAUUCUGUGAUAGUUAAGGAAAGAAUUUGAUCUUGAACCACCUACACGGAGCAUACCUACCAUGUGUUUUAACAGAAUUAUGCAGCGACACACACAUUGGACCCUGACGUAAGGGUUGAUUUCCGCAGUGAUUACCAUGUUUCUGUUGGAAGUCAGACAUUGGUUUCAUACUUCUUUUCAUUCCUUCCUUUCAAACCUGUUUUGUGUCUUAAUCAUGUUGAACAUUAAGAAGGGAUGUUUUGAUACUGACCGGGGUCUCGGGUCAACUUUAAUGAACCCGGGGAUCCAAAAGAAAAAAAAAGUCUUGAGUGACCUUAAGGGAGGAGUGCAAUUAUUGUUAUUAUUUUUUUUCCCAUUUCCAUCUAACAAAGCCUUUCUGAGUAGUUUGGUUAUUUAUCAUAGAUAUAUAUCAGUUGUUAGUCAACUCAUACCAGCAGCAAAGAUGACGUAUUGAGCCAUGUUGCAAGAGUGAUCAUGUUGCCAAAUGAAGAACAAAUAUCUUACUGGAGUAGAGAACAAAAAAAAAACAAAAAAAAACCUGUGGCUUGCCUGGAUGUACAGUUAUGUAACAAAUGUGUGAUUUUGCUAGCCUUGUCUCCGUAAAUGUCGGCCUUUUAAAAAGCCUAGAACGAACAUCGUCAACAUAGAUACCUACUCACACACCACGGGACGUGGAUUUGACUUAACAGUGGACUGAUCAUUUGUGUAGGUCACUACUAAGGGCUAAACAGUCUUCAGGGCUGCUGCUAAGUUUGCGGGCACUGUUUUAAUGUUUUUAAAGAGAUGCUGACUUGUCAUUGGUAAAUAUCUGAUGUGGAGCGAUAAAAUUACUGAUGCUGGGGAAAACAACAGUCAUGGAUUACAUGGAGCCAUUUUAACAUGAUUGGUUUAACCCGCACCAGACUCACUCAAGUCAUUGUGGAAGUCAAUACUCCCUUUACCUCUUUGUGUGGUUAUCUUGCUGAUAUUAACAGUGGUGGUCUCUUUAGCAUUACCCCGUUUCCCUAACCUUUAUCUCGGCAUGCUCCGUACAAGGCCCAUACGCCCAUACCCCCCACCCUCAACCUCCCACCCCCACCCACCAUGGCACUGAGGAUCAUCGCACAAUGUGUAUGUGAAGGGGUAUGGACCUUAUGAUCGGUAUGUGGGCAAACAUGGGGGGGAGGGGGGGAGGGAGGAGGGAAAAUAGCCAAAAUUGUUAAUUGGUGAAUAUAUGAAGACAAUGAAAUGAAACGAAACGUAAAUGAGAUUUUAUAAAAUAACUUCAAGAAUAAAAUUCUGAAAAAACAA